CCGACGACAAAAAAAGUACGGUACCGAUCGGGUAAGACUGGACCGAAGCAUAACGUGUAAACAAGUCCGAUUCAAUAUUCCAUCAGUGUGUGUGCAUUGCAAAGCGGUACUUGAACAGCUAGUUUUGGACUCCCAGUUUGGUACCGAGACAACGACGCAUCCCACCCGGAACCCGCCAUGGAGGCCGAGAUUCGAGCCGUGCUUCCGAACAUCGAUCCUGUGAUAUCCGAGUACUCAGCCGGCUAUCUGACCCAUGCAUCCACCGCAUGGGCUGAUGAGGAGGAAGCAUCCGGUCCGUCCCCGCUUGACGAGGCCGCUUCCACCAUCACGGAGCUGCUACUCUCGGCAUCCGGAAGCUAUGGCUCUGCCACCCAUGACAAAAUCCGGAGUCUGGUUGAGAAAUGGGUUAACCGCUAUGCCGCCGCCAGCAACAGCCAGGAGAAGAGGGGCCCGGCCGUCAAGCGCCUCGACCAGACCAUCCAAGUGAGCGCUCAGCGGAACAUGUCGUCGACGUUGGCCGUUGCCACCGGCGCCGUUGACCUCGAGUCGGCCAAUGUCCGGAAGGUCGAGUCCAAGGUCGACAAGAAGAAGCUUGAGAAGGCCGAGCGUAAGAUUGCCGCCAAACAGAACAAGAAGACCUUCAAGACGGUCGAGUACGAGGCCUCGCGUCUGCUCAAUCAGCCAGACUCAACCCAGUCGUACGAGGAGUUCUACAUGGCCGUCAACCCGCUGCAGAUGGGUAGCCAGGGCGGGAAAUCCAAGGAUAUCAAGAUUGACAACAUUGACGUGUCCAUCGGAGGGAAGAGGAUCUUGACCGAUACCACCCUCACUCUUUCGUAUGGCCACCGCUAUGGUCUCGUUGGUAACAACGGUAUCGGUAAAUCAACUCUACUCAGGGCUCUGUCUCGCAGAGAGGUGCCCAUCCCGACGCACAUAUCCAUUCUGCACGUCGAGCAAGAGAUUACUGGUGACGACACUCCGGCACUUCAGGCCGUCUUGGACGCUGAUGUCUGGCGCAAGGUGCUGCUACAGGAGCAAGCGGAAAUUACCCAAAAGUUGGCAGACAUCGAGGCUCAGCGAGCGUCCAUGGCGGACACCUCAACAGACGCUGCUAAACUGGACAAGGAGCGCGAGGCACAGGAUCAACGUCUUGGAGACAUUCAAGCCAAGCUCGCCGAGAUGGAAUCCGACAAGGCAGAAUCCAGAGCCGCCAGCAUCCUGGCUGGCCUGGGUUUCUCCCCUGAGCGGCAGCAGUUUGCUACCAAGACUUUCUCCGGAGGUUGGAGAAUGCGUUUGGCUCUUGCCCGGGCCCUCUUCUGUGAACCUGAUCUGCUGCUCCUCGAUGAGCCUUCCAACAUGUUGGACGUUCCAUCAAUCACCUUCCUCUCGAACUAUCUGCAGGGCUAUCCGAGCACCGUUCUUGUCGUGUCCCAUGACAGAGCCUUCCUCAACGAAGUCGCAACCGACAUCAUCCACCAGCACUCGAUGCGCCUCGACUACUAUCGUGGCGCCAACUUCGACUCCUUCUACGCCACAAAGGAGGAGCGGAAGAAGACGGCCAAGAGGGAGUACGAGAACCAGAUGGCCCAGCGUGCCCACCUCCAGGCCUUCAUUGACAAGUUCCGGUACAACGCCGCCAAAUCGUCAGAAGCCCAAUCCCGUAUCAAAAAGCUGGAGCGCAUGCCGGUGCUCGAGCCUCCCGAGGUCGAGUACAGCGUGCAUUUCAAGUUCCCGGACGUCGAGAAAAUGUCACCGCCCAUCGUCCAAAUGUCCAACGUCAGCUUCGGCUACUCAAAGGACAAGAGCCUGCUUAGGAAUGUCGAUCUCGACGUCCAAAUGGACUCGCGCAUCGGCAUUGUCGGUCCAAACGGCGCCGGCAAGACGACUGUGCUCAAGCUUCUUAUUGGCAAGCUCCAGCCGACCAGCGGCAUCAUUUCGCAAAACCCCCGCCUCCGCGUCGGUUACUUUGCACAGCACCACGUCGAUGCCCUCGACCUCAACGCCAGUGCCGUCAGCUUCAUGGCCAAGACGUACCCGGGCAAGACGGACGAGGAGUACCGCCGCCAGCUUGGCGCCUUCGGCAUCACGGGUACGACGGGCCUGCAAAAGAUGGAGUUGCUGUCUGGUGGUCAGAAGUCUCGCGUUGCAUUCGCCUGCCUGGCUCUUACCAACCCCCACAUUCUCGUCAUGGACGAGCCGUCCAACCACUUGGAUAUCGAGGCCAUGGAUGCCUUGGCCGAGGCUCUCAAGGAGUUUCAGGGUGGUGUGCUGAUCGUGUCUCACGACGUGACCCUGCUACAGACGGUUUGCACUUCGCUGUGGGUGUGCGACAACGGAACGGUCGAGAAAUUCCCCGGCGAUGUGCAGGCUUACAAGAAGAGGAUCUCGGCGCAGGCAGAUUCGGCGGGUGUUGUCAAGGCUCAUUAGGCUGCCAGCGCUAUCAUACAAUGUACCCAUGUACUUAAAUGGUACGGGAUAACCCAUACGGG